GCAGUAUGUUCAAGUGAGCAGGGGGCCAUGGACUCUCACUGUCUUCUACGGUCCGUCUCUGAGUUGAACAAAACUCUAAAAUAAGUUUUUCCGGAAGAAUUAAAAUCUGUGACCUGUAGAUGGUAAAGUGGACCAGAUUGUGAAAGUUUUGCUUUUACUUAAUACGACAUUCAACCUGGAAAAAAAUGAAAAGAAUUUGGCGGGCCGAAUAGCACUUGACAUUGCAACAACAGUUGUUGAUCCUGGUGAGGCCGAAAGAGAAAUUAAGGAAGCUUAGACCAUGCAGGAGCUUCAAAAAGUACAUCACAUCUUGAGGAUUAUAGUUUUGCUAAAUUUUUUAUGUCGCCGUAGAGGGCAAUUGAAGUUUUCGCCCAAAUAUGGUUUUAUCAUAGAAGAGAAUUGACAAUGGAGGUGCGGAAUACAAUACUGGUUGUAGCUGUUCUAAUUGCAACGGCUACUUUUCAAGCUAUACUUAACCCCCCUGGUGGAGUAGUAGGGGGAGGAACUGGAGACAAUAAUAAACAGCUUACUACCAACGAAAACCAUAUUAAUGCCACUAUCAUGUCCACCACCACCAACAACAACCUUAUUCCUACUAAUAAUGUCAGUUAUAUUAACGCCACCAUAUUCUCCAACACCACCACCACCAACCCCACCGCCACAGUGGAUCCUUCCAAGCGAGUUUUAUUAAAAAAAACUAAGGUAUACGGAUCUGUCUUCACAUACAGAUCUUUCUUCGAAAAUUUUUAUGUGUUGAACACGGUAUGCUUUCUUACUUCAGUCAUGGUGAUCAUAUUUGUUAUCCCAUCAACACUUUUUGGUGUGUUAUUGUUCCCAACCCUAGUCUUUCUGAUGUUGAGCUAUGGAAUGUCAUUUGUAGUCAUAUCACCAGCGUCCUUUUAUGCUAUAAUUUUUUCCUAUACAUCAUAUGCUUUUGCUACGUUGGUUUAUGUCUCGAGGGCAGUUUAUGAAAUCCCGUGCAUCUCACGGUGUCGGAGUCAACGCCUUCAGAUGCUGCUCUAUUUGUUAGAAAGGUCAUGACGUAUAGGACAAUGCGCUCAAGACUUUCUAUAUAUAUAUAU